UUCCCCUAAUAAUUUCAUCACGAGCCCCCACUCUUUGCUCUCUCUCCGGCCACAACGGUUGAGCGAGCCAUCAUGGAUCCAAACUCGCCGAGAUCUCGCCGGACCCGGAAAACCGAUCCAAAACCCGACAUCUACUCCACUUUCGUAGUCCACUCCGACUCCGAUUCCGAUCAAGACAACAAACGCAAAUCCAAACCCGAGGACGACGACGACGAAAACGUCGAUUUAUACGCUACAACGGUCUACAAAGGCGACAGUGACGGUGGAGGAGAGGAAGACGACGAUUCUUUCCUUCCUCCUCUCCUCAAGCGUCUCCCCAAGGACUUCGGAGGCGGCGCGUCCGAGGAGGACGACGACGACGACGGCGAUGGAGACUUCGGGACGAUGAUUGUGAAGAAGGAUCGGAGAAGGGAAGUCAGUCCUCCAAAGAGGAUGGUAGCCGCCGACGAGGAAGAAGAAUCUUCGGAUGAGGAGGAGGAGGAGGAGGAGGAAGAGUUCGGUACCUUCGUUGUGAAGAAACCUUUGAAGAAGGGGAAGGGGAAGGAGGUGGAUCUGUCGACUAUGGGAAGAGCGGUGGCGAGUAUGCAGGAAUCUAGCUUCGGUGGUAAGAAGAAGAAACGCGAAUCUCGGCCUUCGUCUCCCUCCUCGAAUCGGAGGAUGCAGCAGCAGAACAGUAAGAUGUCCACGACGUCUCUUCCGGAUAGCAUUACUCGAGAAGAUCCAACCACCAAAUACGAGUUCCUGAAUGAGCUUGGGAAAGGAUCGUAUGGAUCUGUUUACAAGGCGAGAGAUUUGAAAACGUCUGAGAUUGUUGCUGUUAAAGUCAUUUCACUCACCGAAGGGGAGGAGGGGUAUGAAGAGAUUCGUGGGGAAAUUGAGAUGCUGCAGCAGUGUAAUCAUCCGAAUGUUGUCCGCUACCUUGGGAGUUACCAAGGAGAAGAUUAUCUUUGGAUAGUGAUGGAGUAUUGUGGAGGUGGAAGCGUUGUUGAUGUGAUGAAUGUUACUGAGGAGGCAUUGGAGGAGUAUCAGAUUGCUUAUAUUUGUCGAGAGGCUUUGAAGGGCCUUGCAUACUUGCAUUCAAUAUUCAAAGUUCAUAGAGAUAUUAAGGGUGGAAAUAUCUUGUUGACCGAACAAGGAGAGGUCAAACUGGGUGACUUUGGAGUUGCGGCUCAACUUACGCGGACUAUGUCGAAGCGAAACACGUUCAUUGGGACUCCGCAUUGGAUGGCCCCUGAGGUUAUUCAGGAAAACCGUUAUGAUGGGAAGGUGGAUGUAUGGGCUCUCGGUGUUUCAGCAAUUGAGAUGGCAGAGGGGCUUCCUCCAAGAUCAGCAGUUCAUCCGAUGAGGGUUUUGUUCAUGAUAUCGAUCGAGCCAGCUCCAAUGCUUGAAGAUAAAGAAAAAUGGUCCCUGGUCUUUCAUGAUUUUGUUGCAAAGUGCCUCACAAAGGAACCUCGUCUUCGCCCAACUGCAGAUGAGAUGCUUAAGCACAAAUUUAUUCAGAGAUGUAAAACUGGGGCUUCCGCAAUGUCGGCAAAGAUUGAGAAGUCUAGACAAAUCAGGGCUUCAAUGGCUCUGCAAGCGCAAAAAGUUGCAGCUUCCUCAGAGGACACUUCAACACUUGGUCAAAAAUCAAGUGAAGAGGUGGGAAUUUCUGUUCCAUAUAAGCCUCCUACCACCGAAGCACCUCCAACAAGUAACGUAAAUCGGCAGCACAUAUCAGGUGGUGAUUUUGGAACUAUGAUCGUUCACGAUGAGGAUGAGACAGACGAGAUCCACUCGGGGUCUCAACUUGCCAAAGAGAAAGAACCUUCAUCUUCUAAGGUUGAUCGCGCUUCUGUCGGUUUUUCCGGAGAGGAAGUAACUAAGAACCAUGAAAAAAGGAAUCUUCUUACUACUGACGUUGCAGUUGAAGCCUCAACUUCACAAAGCGUGCGGGGAACUUCAUUAUCUGUUGAGCAUAAAACGAAGCUGAGUAACAUAUCUAGAACACAGACCGAAGGUGGCAGUGAUGCAAGUGGCAGUACCUUGAAGGGUGAAACUGUUGGCAAGAAGGCUUUUGCAUUACAAGAUAAGUUAUGGUCAAUCUACGCAGCUGGAAACACAGUACCGAUACCAUUCUUGAGAGCAACAGAUAUAUCACCAAUAGCACUCUUGUCAGAGAACAUGAUCGGGGGCAUGCAACAAGACGGGAAUGGAAGUGUAGCUGUUGAAGCACUACAGGAGCUCUUCACUUCUGAUCCCCAAUCCAAAAAGGGAAGAAGAGGACAAAACGAGAUGCCGCUGCCUCCAAGUGUAUACCAGAGACUAACGUCAAGCCCUCCUCUGAUGAAUCUCGCACAAGUUUUAGCCUACCACAGAGCGUGUUACGAGGAGAUGCCGCUGCAGGAAAUGCAAGCAACGCAGGAGCAGCAAACCAUUCAGAAUCUGUGCGAUACUCUUCGCACUAUUCUUCGCCUCUAAUGUUUGUUUCCGUUCAUAUUCUGUUUGGUAUAAUUUAGGUUGUCUCAAUAAUUUUUUUAAAUUUGCUAACAUGAGAGUGAUUUUCAAUAAAAUAUAGAUAAAAAUUAAAUAUUA